AUGGCGCUAGCUACGGGAGCGCUACGGGAGCGGCUUGAGCUGUCCUGCGAGGUGGACGGCCACCCCGAGCCCCGCGUCUACUGGACCAAGGACAACGUGCAGCUCGCGGAGAGCGACAGGAUCUACAUCACACCGGCCCGUCUUAGCGUUAGCCGAUUGGUUGAAGAGGACGCCGGUGUAUACGGAUGCCACGCCGACAACGGACACAGCAGCCACCACUCCGUGGUGCAGAUCACCGUGCAAAAACUGUACAUACCCGAGCUGUGCAAGGAUAACCAGUACUUCGCCGACUGCAAGCUAAUCGUGAGAAGCAAGCUAUGCCGCCACGAAUACUACUCCAAAUUCUGCUGCAAGUCGUGUGUGGAGGCAGGCGCGCUGGACCCUCAGACCCUGGAGUUCCAAGGAGACUCAGCUUUUACCUACAAGAAGAAGUAAACCCGUCAUGUGACCUAUAAUCGCCCGUGGAUGCUUACCUUAACUUCCACUGUGUGUAGCGGGCUUAGAAUGGUCGCGUUGAUCCAUAGACAAACCGUCGCUCUCAAAAUAGACUUCCUUAAUUUUAAUAAAUAAUUUAAGUAACGGGUUAACCGUUUGGCUGAAUGCACCAAAAUUAUGCUAACAAAAAAUGUGAGAGGAUGAUGUUUUGUCCAAAUCGAUAAACGUGGCCGUGUGGUUAUUAGUUUCUGGUAGUAUAGCACGCUAGUCCUUACCGAAAUGUGCCUUGUAAUUUUAAAAUCGAAAAAAAUAAUUAUAUAGACAGAAGUAAAUCGAUGAUAUCAUGGCCUAUUAUGUAGUUCUUGUAAAAUAAACUUUAUUGCACUUGUUUACUUAAAUGUGAAAAUAAUGUAAAAUAGCAAAGAAAGCAAUAGGUUUAGUUAAAUUCAUACCAAACUUACCUUUCGUGGUUAUUAAAUAACCUAGCAUAAAAACGUUUGAAAAUCGCUCAUUCGCAACUGAAUAGUUACCUAUAAAAUUAAUACAUUAACCGAUUUAAGUACAUCUACUGUACAUAGGUAUAUUAAAAAAUAGUGUCCCUCAAUUAUAUAGACGCAUUCCAUUUAUAAUAAUAAUAAAUAAAGCAUAACUAAUCAAGUAAUCAGCUAAUCACGAAAGGGAUCUUCCUAGUGCUAUUAAAUUUACAUUUACUAAUUUUUUUUUUUAAAUAUUUAAUUACUCGGUCAGUGUAGGUACUAAAUAAUAAAUAAGUAGUGAUUGUUAAUAGUUAAAAUGUAUCUGUAUUUUUAUCGUCACCAAGUGCCAUACCAUGUUUUGCUCGCGCAUUUCACUUUGACUUUAUUUACAUAGUUAUUUAUUGAUAAAAUUGCAAUCAAGAUAUUAUUUAUAUUUUUAAUUUGAUUUUAUAGAGAACAUACUCGUAGGUACCAAUAGAUUUAAUGUAGAUAGGAAAUUACUUUUUACCUAUUAUGUGUAAAUAAAUAGAUAACAUUAACAUGUCACAAUAAGCUCCAUCUGUGAUGGAUUCAGGAUAAUAAUGUAGUUUACAAACUUUAAUGACCUACCCUGAUUGAAUGAUGUUUGAAUUGAAAGUGGGAAAAGUAGUAUUUUUAUAAAUGGAUUAUAGGUACAGUCGACGUCAAAUAUAUGUUUCCACUUUUGCACCUUACUCCUUUGUAAUAAGGCGAAAAAUGUAAACACAUCUUUGACAUCGACUGUAGGUACAAACGAAGCAACAUAUUUAUAAAGCUUGCUAAUUUACAUGCAAACUUGCCUUUUCCGAAUAUUCUAGAUGGCGCCAUUAUAAUAUGUUAGAAUCUAACUAAAGCGAUGCCAUCUACAACAUUCGAAGAGAACUUCCCAAGAGAUUAGGUUUAUAAUGAACUUCUAUAAUCUCUAAAACUUUAAUUUCCAUUAAUCUCGGUUGGUCAUUACAAGUCAGUGAGGGAAAUAAAUUAUUUAUUUCUAAAUACGCAGUUUGGCUAAGAGUAUGCAAUAAAUAAGAUAGCGAUAAGCGGUACCGUGACGUCAUAAUAAUUUGUUACUAGGUAAGUGAAUUUAUAUGUGACAUCAUUGUAAAUAGAAGAAAUUAAAGCUCUUUAAUGAAA